CGAUAUCUGCCGAUCAGACAACAGCACCAUACGACACCUGAUUGCAGGAAAUCGCGACUCUGACGUUCGGUUCUUAAUCAGUAUCUACUCCGACUCUAAACCACAAUGCCCUUGUGGCUAUUCCGGCGAAAGAGUCACCGGCGGCGCGGUCGUGUCAGCUCGAUAGAGGAUGAUGGAUAUGGAGGCAAAACCCCUGCGGCUGGUCUUCCCCCUCGGAGCCAAACGGUGCCGGAAAUGGCCAUGACCUAUGACCCUUCGCCACCAGAGCGGCAAGCGAACAAGCGACAACGAACGGAAUCAAACAAAUUACACCGCAGGGCGCGAUCGUACAGUUUCUCUCCGGGUCGUGAAGACGCUGUAGGCCUUGAGAAACAGAAGAGUACGCGGGCCCGACGGGACGGAGAUACGCCCAUGCGCGAUGCCCCUACCGCGAUGGAUAUUAUGCCGUGGCGCGCGCCAACACUUCACGGCAAGAGGGACGGCGACCACCUUCCGCGGAAGUUGUCCAGCAAGAAGCGCCGGAAGGAAGACCGUCAGCGUGAAGCUGAGAUCAAGGCCAUGAGUAGCUUCGCUCCUCACCGACCUGCCGCAGAAGACUGGAUGGCAGGUCGGCCGAUGAGGAAAGAGAGCAAGAAAUUCCGCUCAGGCUUUGGUGUCAGCAUCAAGGGUCCGGAUGUUGAAAGAUACAGCCGAUCGUCUGACAUUUCGUUGCCUCUGCCCGAGUCUAUUGACUCGGCGCUUUCUUCCGACUCAGACUACAUCUCUUACGAGGUCUCAGCCUUCGAGUCACUUGCACCUCGACCGACUCUACGAUACAGUACGCAUGCGCGAUCUGGAAAUUAUACACAAGAUGGUGCAGGAGUGGUCCGGCGCCCUUCCCCGCAACGGACAAGGUUGACCGAGUCGAUUCCCGAGGAGAUGCUCAAAGCACACAAGCGUGUCGAUAGCCUCGCCGACGAACUCAGCGCCGGCGAUCUACGAGAGCUAAUGGAACGGGAUCAGCGAAGACGGGCGAGGAAGAGACAGCUGGAGCAAAAGAAGCUGGAGUUGAAGAUUGCCAGGCAAGCCGAGAAGCAAAGGGCUGCAGAGGCCGAGGCUGAAAAACAUGGACGAGAAUCGCCUCCGAAUCUCUCGAGAGGCAUUCUCGGCCGGGAGGAUAUUGGACUUGGCAUCAACCCCCCUUCGGCCACCAUCACGUCAUCCAGACUACGGAAUUCGGAUGGCCUUGCAGACAAUCGCAACGAAGCUGGUGAUGUGGGCAACAUUCUACCUACUCGUGAAAACGACCGACCAGAACCGUUGGCGGCGUUCCACCGAGUGGACAGUCACUCCUUGCAACCCCUGGAGUCUCUCUCCGAGAUCAAGGAAGAUGCACCAGUAUUGGCAAGCACCGUGUCCAAGGCGUCACUCCGCAACACAAUUUCGCGAUCUAAGUCCCCGCAGGAGUCUGAAGCGAGGACUGAACAAUCAGAACAACCAUCAAGAGGAUCAAGUGGAAACACCGCCAAGGGCCCGCGAUCCUGGACUUCCUUUUUCAGGUGGACGAAUAGGACCAAAAGGAAUUCGGGAGGUCCAUCUUCAUUUUCCAACACAUCUCGGGACUCGAUGCCAACACCUCCAGCUCCAGCUCCUCCUAUCAAUCCACUACCGCGCCGCCUGACUUCUGGAGUGCCGAAGCGGACCACGUCCCGAUUCCGCGAAGACCUGCCCGAGCUACCGAUGUCGCCUCCGGCGUCCCGAUUGCAAUCCCCAGAGGCCGCAGCCGUUCCUUCCCCAAUCAAAGUCUCGACAAACGUUCCUCCUCCCAAUGGGGAAUCAUGUCCGUCGCCGCCGGCAUCCCGGCCGAGACAUGACACGCCCGUUUCCACACGGCCAUCUGUAGAGGAAAUGCGGGAGACGCCAUCAACCUUUAGCCGUCCAGAUGAGCCAGGAGUCUCCCCAGAACCGCAAAGCAUGUCGUUGGCCUCUAUCGACUCGGAAGGGUCGUGGUUCGCUGGAGGACUUGCCAAGAAACGAAAAUCGUCCGGAAUUCCGGAGCAUGGGUCAGGACUUCGACGUUCCCGAUAUGCUCCCCAGGAGUUGAACGGCGAGCAACGGCCAGAGAUUGAGAAUCCCAACGAUGACAUGGAUAUUACUGAUGACGAUUACCUCUCGCGGCUUACACCUUCACACGGCGAUCGAUCCGCGUGGAAUCGCAAGUCGACUGGCGAAGCACGGCCAUCGAGCGAUUGGGGCGAAGAGGAUGCCCAUUGGGGCAGUGUAGAGGGUCACCUGCCCACGGUCGUGCGCUCGCAAGCUGCUUCCCGAGUCAAGAGUCGCGAGGGUUUACUCAGAUCAUUCGGCGAGGAGGGUGAAGCCACUUCUCAGCAGAUGGACGCAGAAGAGCAUCGCGAUAGCAGCGACGACGUCACCCUCCAGCGAGCAACAAGCAUUGGCCACGAAGAGGAGCAUGCGUCGCAUUAGCGUCCGAACUGCACACUAUUCUUUUGGUCUCGCUGCUGUCGUUGGUUGAUGCGAAACACAGAGGGCUGCACCCGGCCCAGAACCUUCUUCAGUCUCAAUGCUGUGGCAUCAAGGGAGAAGCAACACAUAAUUAUCGGGGAACUGGCUGAUCCCGACACAUCACACAUCACGCUCCUUUGCCAUUUCCUUAUCUCUCAUACCGUUCACCGACCAUCAUUCGCU